UUAACUUCAUUUUAAAAAUCAAAACAAGGACUAUUUGAAUAGUCCGGGGUUAAAAGGACAAGAAAAAAAAUUAUUGAAACUCAUUCAAAGCAGCCUUUGCUGUUCAAACACUGACCCUGAUAAGAAAACCUGUUAGCAGAAAUGUUACUUGCCCCAUAAAGAUUGACCAACAUAUUUUUCCAGAAUUGCUCAGUUCUGGAGUGAACCUCGUAUCAAACAACACAGCAAACAAUGGACAGUGUGUGUGCUGCCUAUAAAUGUCAGGAGUUCCAGCUGCUCCAGAGCAAAGCGCUGACUUGCUGCUGUCCACCAUGACUGUGACACAUUUGGCCAUCGUCCUUGUUUCCCUGCUGUCCUUCAGCGCCGCAGCACCAGCAGAAGACGAAUGCAGCCAGAUGACCAGAACUCUGACAGCUGAACAGAUUGACCAGAUCCUGGGCCGUUGGAUCUUCAUUGAGGGGACAGUUAAAAAUGACUUCUUUGGCCCUGUGCUGGACCACAUUGAAAGCAUGUGGAUGGUGCUGAACAGAACAGCAGACAACCAGACCCUGAUGUUAAACCAGGCAAACCGCCUGGCAGCACAGCAGCAGCCUAAACCAAUGAAUGGACAAUGUCUCCGAAGCGCAGUGAAUGUUACCCUCGUCAGAGGCAAAGACUUGGAGUUUCACAUCUCAGCUGCUGCAUCCUAUCACAGGUUCCUGCACACCUGCUCUGACUGCCUGCUCAUGCACACCUACAACAACGAAAACCAUUUCCAGAUGUUCUACCUGUUUGGCAGGAAUACAACGGUGGCAGCCUCUGAUUUGAACGUCUUCAGGAAACAAGCUGAAUGCCUCCAGUUUCCUCUGCCAUCAAAGUUUCAGUACGACACCAGCAAAGAACUCUGUCCAGCGUAGAGGAUGGAGCAACAGAGCAGCUGCUGCUGAUUAGUUUCCAUGCACCGUCAUUUUACUCACCUGGUGUCUUCAUCUUCUUAGCCCUCCCCUUGAUUGAAACGGGAUACUUAGUAAAUUCAUCAAACACCUUUUAGCUGGACCAUGCACUACUUAUUUGCCAAAUGUUUUU